UCCUCUGAGUCAAGCUCCUCCCUGACCCCAAAGGAACGAUCUCUUUCAACAGUGGAGUACUGAGAGACUGUGAGCAGCCUCGGGUGGUCAGAAAGGCACAGUGAGCUCCAGGCCAUUGGGAACUGGUCCAGAGAGUUAACUUACAGUGCUUUGAGCUCCCAGGCCUUCCUCCUCCUCUUUUUCUUCAUCUAUGCUGUUGGCAGGAGUGUGUCUGCUCCUGGGAGAGCAGGACAAGGGGCUCUGGUACCAGAGAUGUGACUGGGCCCCUUGUCCCAGUGUGUGUGACUAUGUUGGUGUUCAGGCCUGAUGUGGGUGUGGAGGAUAAGCAGAGACAGUGACUUCCAGGAGUCAGAAGGCCCGGUAGGAUUGACAUGGCCUCAGCUCCUUCUGUGACUAGCCUGGCAGAUGAGGUCAACUGCCCCAUCUGUCAAGGCACCCUAAGGGAGCCAGUCACCAUUGACUGUGGCCACAACUUCUGUCGUGGCUGCCUCACUCGCUACUGCGAGAUCCCAGGUCCAGAAUCAGAGGAGUCCCUCAGCUGCCCGCUCUGCAAAGAGCCCUUCCGCCCAGGGAGCUUCCGGCCCAACUGGCAGCUGGCCAGUGUGGUGGAGAACAUCGAGCGCCUUCAGCUGGCAUCCACGCGAGGCCUGGAGGUGGAGGAUGCCUGUCCAGAACACGGGGAGAAAAUCUACUUCUUCUGCGAGGAGGAUGAGGCACAGUUGUGUGUGGUAUGCCGUGAGACCGGACAGCAUGGAGCUCACACUGUGCGCUUCCUGGAGGAUGCAGCAUGUCCCUACAGGGAACAAAUACAGAAGUGUCUCAUGUGUCUAAGGAAAGAGAGAGAGGAGAUUCAAGAAACCCAAUCAAGAGAAAACAAAAGAAUACAGGUGCUCCUGACUCAGGUGGCCACCAAGAGGCAGCAGGUGAUUUCACAGUUUGCCCAUCUGAGCCAGUUCCUGGAGCAACAGCAGACUGCCCUCUUAGCACAGCUGGAGGGGUUAGAUGGGGACAUCCUGAAGCAGCAGGAAGAGUUUGAUUCCCUGGCCACUGGAGAGAUCUGCCGGUUCAGCACCCUGAUUGAGGAGUUGGAGGAGAAGAACAAGCUGCCAGCCAGGGGGCUCCUGACGGAUAUCAGAAGCACUCUAAUAAGAUGUGAAACCAGAAAGUGCCGGAAACCCGAGGCUAUAUCCCCAGAGCUGGGCCAAAGGAUCCGGGACUUCCCCCAACAGGCCAUCCCUCUGCGGCAGGAGAUGAAGACAUUUCUGGAAAAACUCUACUUUGAGUUGGACUACGAACCAGCUCAUAUCUCUCUAGACCCCCAGACUUCCCACCCCAAGCUCCUCCUCUCUGAAGACCACCGGAGGGCUCGGUUCUCCUACAAAUGGCAGAAUUCACCAGAUACCCCACAGCGCUUUGAUCGAGCCACCUGUGUCCUGGCCCAAUGUGGCUUUACAGGGGGGAGACACACUUGGGUGGUGAAUGUCGACUUGGCCCAUGGAGGCAGCUGCACUGUAGGUGUGGUCAGAGAAGAUGUACGGCGGAAGGGAGAACUGAGGCUGAGGCCAGAGGAGGGAAUAUGGGCGGUGAGGCUGGCUUGGGGCUUUGUCUCAGCUUUGGGUUCCUUCCCCACCAGGCUGGCCCUGGAGGAGCAACCCCGGAAGGUGCAGGUGUCUCUGGAUUAUGAGGUGGGCUGGGUGACCUUUGUCAAUGCUGUCACUCAGGAACAUAUCUAUACCUUCACUGCUUCUUUCACACAGAAGAUCUUCCCCUUGUUUGGACUCUGGGGCAGAGGGUCCAGUUUUUCCCUGAGCUGCCAGGAAGGUGCAGUUUCCCUCCUCUGAGUACAAGACUGGAAUCAAGCACCCAUGGGAGCAGACCCUCAGCUGGGUCACCAAGCACUAAAGUGAAUGUUGAGACAUUGGUGGCGUGUGUCAGUAUGGGGAAAGGUGGUGGGACCUUUACUUUCCUCAUUGCUCAAGUUUUUCCCUGAUGCUCAGGGCGUCUUGGGACCUUUAGUUUCCUCAUUGCUCAAGCCUUUCCCUGAUGCUCAGGGCAUCUGGGACCUUGGCUGCUGCUGUCUGUUCUCAGCAUUGUCAUCAACGGGCACAGGCAUAGAUGUACAAACAGUGCUGGGUUUUAAGCCUAAGGACCUGGAUUCCAGGGGAAGCCUUGUAAUCAACCAGCUGCUGUGUGAUUUCAAACAAAACGUCGCCUCUUCAUUUUGUUUCCUUCCAAAGAUAUUCGCUAAUUUAUUCGUAUCUUCAAGAAACACUUUGGAGGCGUGGACGUGAUUGAAAUACACUAUGUCCAUUAAUUAAAUUCUGUAAGGAUAAAUAAAAACAUUAUUUGAAAAGGGA